AUGGCCACUACCAACGACUCCGCUCACCCUAACCCUGUGACCGCGCCGCAGGCGACGAUCGACCUCUUGAAGCGCCUCCAUGUCCAGUCCGAGGAACAGGAAGCCAACAUUCGGUUGCCUGACAAGAACAUCGGGUUCGGCACCAACGAGGUCACGGUGGGCGACUUCAAGACGAUCAUGUCGGACAAGUUCAUCGCCCUCGACGAGGACAAGUGCCAGUUCAUGUACCAGCUCAUCCGGGCCACUGGCGCCAAGAACAUUGUCGAGGCUGGCACGUCGUUUGGCGUGUCGACCAUCUACCUUGCCCUUGCGGCCAACGCGAACGCGGCAGAUGUCGGCGGCAAAGCGAUCGUCAUUGGCACAGAGCACGAGCCGGAGAAGGCCGAGCGCGCCAAGCGGUACUGGGCUGAGGCUGGUGCGGGUGUCUCAGAGGCCAUCGACCUGCGCGUCGGUGACCUGCAGGAGACGCUCAAGACCAACCUGCCCACUGUGGACUUUCUCUUGCUUGACAUUUGGACCCCUAUGGCUCUCCCUGCCCUCAAGCUUUGCCAGCCUCACAUGCGGCCCGGAGCCGUCAUCCUCGCCGACAACCCCAUCCGCAGCGCCGAGGGAUACCAGGAGCUCUGGGCAUACAUUCGCGCUCCAGGCAGUGGAUUCCAAAGCCUUUGCGUGCCGUACUCGCACGGCCUCGAGAUGAUUGUCUACUACCCGCCCAAGUAA